AUGGGCCACAAGAAGAACUCUUUUGAAGAUGACGAACCGCUCCUGUCGCUAGGCACCCCUGGACGGAUAUCAGACGCAUCAACAGCCAAUCUACACACUAAAAACACCAUAACCACCACAAGCAAGGUCUCUGGAUCCACCGCGCUCGAGUCAAAGUCGUCCUCGUUGUCCUCAGGAACUAUCAACGAAACAGGACAGUCAUCGAGCCACCACCAACACUCACACUCAUACUCACACUCCAGCGACGACGUACACUCACGGAGGCCACCAGGAAGUGGAGAAGGUGGUGGUGGUGCCACAGAAGAAGAGCUGGACGAGGAACCAUUGUUAUCAGAUGACGAGGACGAGCCCAUCUCAUUAGAGGCACUAAGGGAAUCUGAGAGGGACAAGCGGCGGCUCAAGAUAGCAAUUGUACUCUGCUCGACGUUCUUUAUCGUUGAAUUGCUGGGAGGUCUCUGGGCUCAAUCUUUAGCGCUCCUGAGCGACUCCUUCCAUCUACUGACUGAUAUCACAUCAUUCAUUAUCUCUUUGGUUGCAAUCUACCUCUCUCAUCGCCCCCCAACCGCCACUCACACCUUUGGAUACCAUCGUGCCGAAGUUCUGGGAGCACUCUUUUCCAUCUUUCUGAUCUGGGGAUUAACGCUUCUUUUGAUCAUCGAGGCCUAUGAGCGUGUCAAGCAUCCCAUCGAUGUCGACGGCAAAACCAUGUCUAUUGUUGCCAGUUUGGGCGUCUUUGUCAACAUUGUUUUGAUGUUUGUCCUUGGAGGUCACCAUCACCACCACGGCGACGACGAUCAUGAACAUGGACACGGACACGGACACUCGCAUGGGCAUUCUCAUGGACAGGGACACUCUGACGGCCACAGUCAUACCCAUAAUGACCACGCACCUUUGAACGCAGAGGACGAACACGACCAUGGUCAUGACCACGAACACGGCCAUAAGGCCGUCGCACAACACGACCAUGAUCACGACCACGAGCACGGCCACAGCCACGCCGGACAUAGCCAUGGUCAUGGUCACCACCAUCAUGUCAACCUCAAUAUCACGGCCGCCACACUUCAUGUUCUUGGCGAUCUGCUCUCUUCGAUCGGUGUAUUGAUCUCAUCACUCGUCAUCACUUUCUAUCCAUCAAUGACCUACCUGGACCCCAUUUGCACAUUUGUCUUUUCGUUCCUGGUCAUCCUCACCACCAUCGGCAUCUUUAAGCGAUCCAUCGCUAUCCUCAUGGAGCGUACGCCUCGCGCGAUCAACACUGAGGAAGUCAAAGAAGCGAUCUGCGAUAUUCCAGGAGUUCUCGACGUCAAAUCCCUUCAUAUCUGGUCGCUCACCAUUGGCCAGACUGUCCUUGCUGGAACCGUCUAUUUGCAACCCGAGGUCCAGGAGGUCAAGAAGGCGGCUGCGAUUAUUGCCAGGACAAGGAGUAUGAUUCGGAAACGAUACAAUAUCCGACAGUGCACACUCCAGAUCGAGAUGUAUACCCGCCAUCUCCAGAAGGCGCUUCAGUUUGUGGACGAUGAUGCCACGCCACCAACAUCUUCGACCUUGAGCCCCAGUGCUGCUGCUAUGCUCAAGUCUACAACAACGGGAUCUUCAGAAGACCAUCAUCACCAUCAACAUGGAUCUGCUCACUCGUUGGAUACCUUGGCGAGACAUGAUCAGGAUAUCAUCUUUUCGAUUGGCGAUGACGACCAUGAUCACGACCACCACCACGGACACGGACACAGCCAUAACCACAGCCAUCACAGCCACAGUCAUCUAGCCAACCCAACACCAAUGACACAAGCGCCACCUAUCCAGCGUGCCGGGACGCCUCUCGACCAGUACCUCGAAAACCGUCGCCAGAGCGGCGAGGAAAGCGAAAGUGAGAUGGAGCAGGAAGGCCAACUCUUGACAGAGCCCAACCGCUGGGCAUAA